AUGUCUACUACUGUUGCAAGAGCAAUAGAAGAUGAAGGAAAAGAAGGAAAAAAAGAAAAAGGAAAAGGAAAGAGGAAAGGAAAAAAAGCAACAAUAACUUCAAGGUUAACAACACAAGUUACAGAAUCUGUACCAUAUGUGUAUAUAUUAUGGAGGACUACACCAGAGAUAAUUACAUCAGGAACAACUUCACCACGAAUAACCAUGCCAGGGGCAACUACACCACGAGCAACUAUACCAGGGGCAACUACACCACGAGCAACUACACCAUGA